AUGACUAACACCAGUGAUCGGAUGGAUUUGCCUUUUGUGCUUCAAAAAGGGACCAGCUCCAAUCUAGCUGACAGCAGUAGGCUUUUGGAGACCAUAAAAGCAUUUGUCCACUUUGGAGCUUUCGUUGUCAGCGGUCUCUUUACCUGCCUCAUCAUAGCGACAGUGCGGCACAACCAGGAGCUGCGCCAGAACCCUCGCUACGUCCUGUUGUGUCAGCACUGCAUCUGCGUGACCGGCUUCAACGUCAUGGGCGGCGUCGUGCACGGCCUUCGCAGCCUGCGCUGGCCAAUCUCUCGAAUCGCCUGCUGGAUCCUCUUCGACCUGCAGGUGGUGAUGGCACGAGGUCUGAUGAUCACCCUCUCCCUGAUGUCCAUCAGCACUUGUCUGUCCAUUUGCAUGCCGCUCCGCUACCCCAUUCUGGUCCAGCGUUUGUACCGCUGGAUCGCGUUGGUGGCUUGCGUCCUAGCUCUGCUCAACCCUGUAGUGUUCACCGCCCUAGCCUGUGUGCGCUUCCCGUGGGACUACGUGGUUGGGCUGGACACGGAGUGCUCUACGGCAUUGGAGGGCACUGCGUGCAUCGCCAGCGCUUUGGCAUUGCUGUUACUGCUGGUGCUGCUCAUCAUCAUAAGCUACGUGGCGAUUUACCUGGAAGGCAGACGUGCUGGCCAUUUCACGCGAUCCAACAGUAAAGGCCGGUGCACCAUUCUCAUCCACAGCCUGCAGAUGAGCCUGCACAUUGUUCCCUCUCUCGUCAUCAUCUCCCGGCAUCAGGAGGCAUUUCCUGUAGCCGUGUCGAUUUUUGUCCUCUUUAGUUUCGCGCAGUCGCUGAGCCCCGUGGUGUUUGGCCUGCGCUGCAAAGAGCUCUACAAGGAGAUGCCGCAAUUUCUGCAAUGCUUCUGGGGAGGCUGCGGCAGCUGCGUUCACAUUGGGAGCGUGGAGAGCACCAGCACUGGGACAAUCGCUAGUGCGGAGACCGCCGCCAGCAUAGAGACUAAUGCCUCCACUUGUUUGACCACGUCUGCCAUUAACACAGAGCAUGACACAGAAAAUGAGAGGUCAGACUUCAAUGAGUUAACUGUAUAAAUUAGA